AAUCCCAUAAGUGAAGCCAUACUGAACCACUUCAACAAAUAUGGCUUAAACCUUGAACAACUAAACCCUUCAAUGGCAAUCUAUCUUCUUUCUCCUACUCCUUCGCCCUUUUUCAUAUCUUCUAAACAAAACCCAUCUUUUCUACCCAUUUUCCCUUCAAUUUCCUGCUCCACCCAAAUUAAAGCUACAACCAAUCCUAACAAUGGCGUUCCAGAAACCCCAAAACGCCGUGGCCGUCCAAAGGGCACCAAAAAGUCUUCAACUCUCACAGGUCCAAAAACAACCAAAAAACCAAAUGACCCCUCUCAAAACACCCAAUUUGGAAACGGGUCAACACUAAAUUUGGAUAAGGUUAAAGAUUUUGAUGAUGGGAUGGAUUUUCCUUAUUUAGACCCGCCAUUAAUAUGCUGUUUCGGAGCUGUUCAAAAGGAAUUUGUGCCUACUGUGAGAGUUUCAGAGCACCAAAUGCACCCUGAUAUUUACUCUGAAUGGAAAAUGAUGCAGUGGAAUCCGCCCGAAUUUGGGCGGGCACCUGGAGGUCCAUCGUCAAACGUGGCUAUUUCCCACGUUCGAUUAGGCGGACGGGCUGCCUUUAUUGGAAAGGUUGGGGAUGAUGAUUUUGGGGAAGAAUUGGUUUAUAUGAUGAAUAAGGAGAAAGUUCAAACAAGGGGUGUGAAAUUUGAUUCAAAUGUGAAAACUGCUUGUACUUUUAUGAAAAUUAAGUUUUGUGAUGAUGGAAAGAUGAAGAUGGAGACAGUGAAGGAAGCUGCUGAGGAUUCUUUGGAUGCUUCUGAAUUGAGUUUGGCUGUGCUCAAAGAGGCCAGAAUGUUCCAUUUCAAUUCAGAAGUCUUGACAUCACAUUCUAUGCAAUCCACCCUUUUCAGAGCCAUUAAAAUAUCCAAACAUUUUGGAGGCCUUGUAUUUUUCGAUUUGAAUCUUCCAUUGCCCUUGUGGAAGUCUCGUGAUGAGACAAGAGAGCUCAUUAAGCAAGCUUGGGAGGAAGCUGAUAUCAUUGAGGUUAGCAGACAAGAACUGGAGUUUCUUCUAGACGAAGACCAUUAUGAAAGGAGAAGAAAUUACCGGCCUCAGUACUACGCAGAAAAUUAUGAACAGACUAAAAACAGGAGGGAUUACUACCACUACACAAGAGAAGAGAUAUCUCCAUUGUGGCACAGUGGGCUUAAAUUUCUUUUUGUCACAGAUGGAACUCUUCGGGUUCAUUAUUAUUCCCCGUCAUUCAAUGGUGUUGUGGUUGGGACAGAAGAUGUGCUAAUCACCCCAUUCACAUGCGAUAGAACUGGAUCGGGGGAUGCCAUUGUGGCCGGAAUUAUGAGGAAACUGACUAGUCACCCUGAAAUGUAUGAAAAUCAGGAUGUUUUAGAGCGUCAGCUUCGGUUUGCUAUUGCUGCAGGUAUCAUAUCACAGUGGACAAUUGGAGCAGUGAGGGGUUUCCCAACUGAAAGCGCCACUCAAAAUCUGAAAGAACAGGUUUAUGUUCCUUCCAUGUGGUAGAGAUAAAAUGCUUCAGAAUCAAAAUAGGUCUAACCCUUAUUCAGAAAAUGAUCGUUCUUUCAUAACCAGUUUGGUAAGUUUGUUGCUUCGAUUACUGGGUAGCUAUUUUUGCAAGUGUCGGAUACAAUUCUAUGAACUUGUGUAGAGAAUGGAACAGGUCGAUGCUCGACAAUGUAGAAUCGGUUUUAGCUGUGCUCUGUAUCUGCAAUACUUCAAGUCUUAUGUGGCUGAUGUUGAAAAAAAAUGAUUUGACUCGAGAGUUCUUAAUAGAGAUUUAAUGGUAAAAGCUGCUCCCACAACUGUAACUCCAAUACCAUAUAUAUUAGCUUCAAUUAUUAGAUUUGUAAUCUGAGUUUUAUGCCGGCAAACAGCCCUGUCCUUUGGCUAGCCGGAGUAAAGCCCAUGCUUGCUUUUGUUAUGUCUAUAGUGUCUAGGGUCUUUUUGGCAAAAUUGUUGUCGCUAGCGCUUGGUUGGAGUUGUUGGUUUGUUUAA